AUGACAACUUCACAUAAUUUAUCAGAAAUUGAACGAAUUAAAGCUGAAAUUCAUCAAGAAGAACAAAUAAAAUUAUCACUUGAACAAUCAUGUCAUGAAUUACAAAAUACAGCUGGUGAAUUAGAAAAACGAUUAAAAAUGAUUGAUGAAGAAAGUAAUGAAUGGAAAACACGUUUUGAAAAUCAAGAAGAAAUUAAUCGUCAUUUAGCAAGACAAAUUAUUUUACUUGAAAAAAAUAUUGAUCAAGCUAAAGAAGAACAAAAAACUGCAAAAACGCGUGCAUCAAAAGCAGAUCCAAAUGAAGUUAGUCAAGAAGUAUUGAGUGUUGUUGAAAAUGAAAAAAAGAAUCUAUUGAGUCAAUUACGUGAUUAUGAAUGGCGAUUGGAACAAGAAAAUAAGGCUUAUCAUAAAGCAAAUGAAGAACGAAAAAUCUUAACAAAUGAAAUUACUGAUGUUCGCAAUGCAAUUUCAGUUAUGAAAGAACGUUCUCAAACAGAACACACCAAAACUGAACGAAAUGGACAAUUAACUAAUCGAGAACCGAAUGAUAAUAUUCCUAUGGAUAAACGUGUUAUUGAUCCAAGAAAAGGUCCAAUUAAUCGAAAUGCAGCAACACGUUCAUUACCAAAAUUGACUAAACAACAAUAA